AUGAUUUCUGAACUAUUUGUUUUCUUUUUGACAUGUUUGUUUGUAGCAGCAAAUGGUCAGAGGAAUGAUCUGAAAUCGUCAUCUUCUGUACACCAGAAACAUGCUUGUUUGUCUGUCAACUUUGGUGAAACUGUAACUUUGGAAUGUUCUUAUGAAGAGCAUAACUCAAGACAGAUCUUCUGGUACAAGCAAAUUUUGGGACGUAAGCUCGAAAUCAUAUCCAGUUUCUUUCAAUUCAGCAAAGCAGUUACCUUUUUUGGGGAAUUUAAGAACAAUUCACGCUUCAGACUGGAAAAAGAAAACCAAACUCAUCACUUGAAGAUUUUUAAGUUGCAAUUUUCAGACUCAGCUAUCUACCACUGCAUAAGUUCUGAUUCUCACAGUCUCACAUUUUUGGAGGGUUAUAGUGUCCAUGUAAAGAAUCCUUCGUCUCAUAUUCAGACUUCAGUGGAACAGUUAUCCUUUAAGAACAUCCAUGCAGGAGACUCUGUGACUCUGAACUGUACAGUACACACUGGGAGCUGUGAUGGAGAACACAGAGUUUACUGGUUCAAAGACUCUGAAGACUCUCAUCCAGGACUCAUUUACACUGAUGGAGGCAGGAAGGAUCAGUGUGAGAAAACAAAGAACACACAAACACACAGUUGUGUCUACAAUCUGCCCAUGAAGAACCUGACUGAGUCUCAUGCUGGGAUCUACUACUGUGCUGUUGUCUCAUGUGGACACAUACUGUUUGGAAACGGGACCAAACUGGACCUCUCAGUUCCACUGAACUCUGUGAUUCUUCACACUUUGGUUGGAUUAUUGACCAUAAUGAGCGUUUUUAUUAUUUUUCUGCUUUUUCUUCUGUGGAAGAUCAACAAGAGAAACAACUGCACCUCCACAGAUGAAAGAUCACCUGCUGCCCCCUUAAGAAGCUCAGAGGCUGAGAACAAAGACACAGAAAGUCUCCAUUAUGCUGCUAUAAAUGUAAAGAGGUCCAAGAGAUCAAGAAGACAGAAGAACGACUCCAACAUAGACUGUGUUUAUUCUGGUGUGAGACAACAGAACUGA